AUGCCGCACGAAAUGGAGGAGAAUAGCACUGAGGUCUCAGAUGUUAUGUCUGAGAACGAAGACGAGACGGAAACUUUUCUUAAGGAAGAAGACGAGAAGAUGACUGACCAGAGCACUACCGAGAGCACCACCGAGGUCAAGAAGAAGUACGACCCCAAAGAUCCUAUGCGCCCUAGGAGGAAAAAGGCGCGAAGGGCCUGCUUUGCAUGUCAAAGAGCUCAUCUGACUUGUGGAGAUGAGAGACCGUGCCAAAGGUGCAUCAAGCGUGGCCUCGCUGAUGCAUGCCAGGAUGGUGUGCGCAAGAAGGCCAAAUACCUUCAUGAUGCUCCUCCGGAAGCCCUUCGGCCUGUUCUUGGCCCAAAUUACAACCCCAGUCCCAACCCCAGUCCCAACCCUACUCCCUCACGGCCCAACGCUCAGCGCCAGAAUUCGAAUGCUAGCCAGUCAGAUAGUAUGUCUGCAACUGGCAGCAACUUCUUUUCUCAGGCGAGCACUACGACACUGCCGGUCUUUUCAACGGGCGCGCAGACUCCUGUAGGCAUUGAUAGUCUACCUUUCAACCCUCAAACGUCCCCGACAUCCUUCCAGGCUCCGAUCAGCAAUGCGCACGCUCCAAUCAACAAUAUUAUACCUGCUGGUAAUAUGGACUUCAACGCCUUAUUCGAUCCCAGUAACCCUGCUCUGUACAAUUUUGACCUCGAAGGUCUGAAUUUCGGGAGUCAAUACGCCGGCUGGGAGUUUGGCAUUCUUAACAAGAUGGCCCUUGGAGCCGAGACACCUCCGCGAGAGAACUCCCUGUCGCAGACUCCAACCACCGAGGCCACUUAUGCAGCUCUCUUCGGAAAUGCAAAUGGCAACGGAAACGGCUUUGAUCAUCCCAUGUUAGGGGCCGACUUUUCGGGUAUGGACCAAAAUAACCAAUCUCUAUAUGCCCAGGGAAACCUCCAGCACGGACUACCCCAUGCUUAUGCUAUUGCAGCCGGGCCUACAAGUCUUGCCAGCCCAAGUACAGAUGCGACAGCCAGCCCCCAUUCCGUUGCAGGCAUGGAAGGCUCACCAGGCCAUAAUUUUGCUGGAAUUCCUACAGUUCCUGGCGCACAACGACACAGACCGAAGAGUACUAAGCCGAAUCCCAAGUCGUAUCUUGGCAAGCGGCAAAGAGACUCUGCCGCUAUCUACGAAAGUGUAAAAGAGCCGUAUCCUUACACAACCGGAUUCCACAACAUGGUGGCUGUUCUACGAAACCGUCUGCCCGGCAACAAGCUACUACGAAUCGCCAAAGCCCUUGGAGAGAUUCGACCGUCUUUUAUAUCUUGUACCAAAGAUCUGACCCGGCAGGAUCUCAUUUUCAUGGAGAAGUGCUUUCAAAGAACGUUGGUAGAAUAUGAUGACUUUUUACAGCAUUGCUGCGCUCCGACCAUUGUCUGUCGAAGAUCGGGCGAGGUCGCUGCUGUCAACAAAGAGUUUAUCGCGCUGACAGGAUGGACAAAAGAGGUGCUGCUCGGAAAAGAGCCAAACCUCAAUAUCAAUACCUACAGCGGGCGUUCGACCAAUGGAUCGAACACACCAGACAACAAUGCUCAGGGAGACAUGCCAACGCCCCGGCCUCAAAAAGCCACCCUUGACUUGAGCGGCGGGCGACCUCAGCCUGUUUUCUUGGGUGAGCUGCUGGAUGAUGACAGUGUGGUUGAGUUUUACCAAGAUUUUGCGGAAUUGGCCUUUGAGGACAGUCGCGGCAAGGUACAGAGAAGUUGCCGACUCAACAAGUAUCGAUCUUCUCAGAGCAUGGACAUCAAACCCGAUCAUGCUACUCAGAAGGACGUGCAGCCGAGCAUCCUCAGUAGCCGAGUUACGCGAAUUGACAGCGAGCACGGUAUAUCGAGGAUCGAGAGGGAUGGCAAGGUUGAAUGCACUUACUGUUGGACGAUCAAACGAGACGUCUUUGACAUUCCCAUGAUGAUUAUAAUGAAUUUCUUACCGCGAUAUUUACCAGACCAAGGACCCCAGCAACUAGCAGUUUAGCUAGUUAUGACUGAGGGCAAAACUGAAAUACGUUCAUUCUCCCUUUUUGUUGGAGGUUAUUUUCUUCGAAAUGAGAUACUAGCCAGGCCUUUAGGGGAGGGCUACUUUGCAAGAGAAGGGAAAGAUCUGGAGUACACACUUUUGCAUAGAAGAUUAGCUUUGAUGCUGCAUAGUUUAUUGGUAGUGCUCUGAGUCAGGCAGAUGGGGGUUUCGCAUGAUACCCAGGUAGUUCAGCAGAUGUGAAAUGAAACAACCAUGACUUUUGAAAAAGAUCCCAUCUCUUCUAUGUUGCUAUCUAUCCAUAACUCCCGGCCACUUUUUACCAUGUUCUAUUUCUCUCGGAUCUAUCCUAGACAUCUCGAAGUAACCACUGGACAUCUAAUUUGCCCUCAAGAUCUUUACCGCCAAUAACACGUCCCUUCACAGGAGCCCAGGCCUCGCGGGCAAGACUGUUCUUUGCAACCUCACAAUCAAAGUUAAUAUCUUCGAUCAGAGCCUCCAGACUCUUGUAGUCCUUCUCCUCACGGAUGA